AGGGCAAAAGCAUAAUACGAACAAAGGCCAGAAGCUUGCACUUAUUCUUGGAAUUCUUUUACUUCUUAGCAUGUUCAUUGGAAUUGUCAUCUUCUUUCGCAGAAGGAAGAUGUUGUCAUCAACCCCACAACUGGUAGAGGAGCACGAAUCUGAUGAUUUCUUUUCACUAUCAAGCUUUAAUGGAAAGGAUACAUAUGAUGAAAUCAUAAAUGUGACAGAGGAAUUCAAUGAAGCAUUUUGUAUUGGAGAAGGGAGAUGCGGGAAGGUGUACAAAGCAAAGUUGACAUCAAAUGAGAUCAUUGAUCGUAAUAGUUUUUUACAGGAGGGAGGGAGUUUACUUGAAAAGUUGAAAAAAGAAGCUGCUAAAACUUUGGGCUGGGACAAGAGAGUGAAUAUAAUCAAAGGCGUUGCUCAUGCUUUAUCAUAUAUGCAUCAUGACUGCUCACCCCCUAUAGUUCAUCGAGACAUAUCAAGCAAAAAUAUUCUACUUGACUUUGAGGGUGAAGCUUGUGUGUCAGAUUUUGGCACGUCCAAGAUUUUAGACCCAAAUACGGACAAUGAGACUGCUCUUGCUGUAACAUAUGGAUACCUUUUACCAGAACUUGCUUAUACAAGAAAGGUAACUGAAAAGUGUGAUGUAUUUAGUUUUGGGGUAUUAGCACUAGAAGUGAUCAAAGGAGAGCAUCCAGUGAUAUUAUUACCUCUCUCUCAGAUGAGACGAGGAAGUUAGAAGAUUUACUGGAUCAACGUCUUCCAGUUCCCUCGACAGAUAUAAAGAAGGUGUUGACCGCCAUCAUACCUUUGGCAAUCAGAUGUUUGCAUAAUAAUCCAGAAGUGAGGCCGACAAUGUAUUUUGUUUCCCAAGAGAUUUCAAAAUUUUGUGGUGCUGAUGUGUAGAUUAUUAAAGACAUAAGAUGUGUAAUUGUGGCUAUCAAAUUAUGUAGUUCAUAUCUAUGGAUAUCUUAGGGAUUCUUAGAACUCUCCUGAUGUUUUCAUGUAUUGUGAGCUACUACAUAAUAGUAAAUAAAAAGGGACAUUUCAUA